AUGACGACUAAUCUUAAACCAAACAAGGCAUUAAAGGUAAAGAAGGAGGCGGGAGAGAACGCCCCAGCACUGAGUGACGAUGAACUCGUGUCAAUGUCUGUACGGGAGCUAAACCAGCACCUACGUGGUCUCUCAAAAGAAGAUAUCAUCCGCCUAAAGCAGCGUAGGCGCACCCUAAAGAACCGUGGCUACGCUGCCAGCUGUCGAGUAAAGCGUGUCACUCAGAAAGAGGAAUUAGAGAGGCAGCGAGUCGAGUUACAGCAAGAAGUGGAUAAGUUGGCACGGGAGAACUCCAGUAUGAAGCUUGAGUUGGAUGCUCUACGUUCUAAGUACGAAGCCCUCCAGACCUUCGCCCGCACAGUUGCCAGGGGACCUAUUACCCCGACCAAGGUUGCCACCACCAGUGUCAUCACCAUUGUGAAGUCUGCUGACAUAUCAUCAGCAUCCAUACCAUUUUCUGCAGCAUCCUAG